AUGUCAUACUCUUCUAAUUCAAGUUCACAAACUUCUUUAAUUGAGCCUAUGAUUCAAAUAAUUAACCCUCUUGAUUAUGAAGAUUAUGGAUUCUUCUCUGUCUCAGCACAUACAGAUAUUGGAAAUCGUAAGAGUCAGGAAGAUCGUUUUUUGAUAGUACCGAAUUUGGGUAAUGAUAGGCACAAUAUAUCAUUUUUUGGUGUCUUUGAUGGUACCGUAGGUCACUUUUCUUCUGAGACUAUUCAGAAGAUAAUUAUCAGACAUUUAACAGAAUCGCCAGCUUGGCAAAAUCUAUUAAAUGCACUAGAAACUGGCAAAAAUAUACCCAACUUAGCUUCUGAAGCUGUAUUUAAUAUGUAUAAAAGUGCAGAUGAAGAAUUACUCUCACUAUGCUCUGAACAUCUUCAAGAUUACGCUUCUACUACUAGUGUUACUGUUCUCAUUAUCAAUAAUUAUAUCAUUAUAGCACAUCUAGGUGAUAGUAGAGUAGCUGUAAGUUAUGAAUCAAGAGGUAAUUUAGCAUCAAAAUUCUUAACUAUUGAUCAUAAACCAAAUAAUCCAGAAGAAAAAAUGAGAAUUAUCGCUUCUGGUGGAUCAGUAGAAUUUUUAUGUAGUCAUUCAAAUAAUCCAUUUUUAAGAGGUGGUGAUUUUACUAUAAGAAAAGCAAGAGGUGAUCAACCCAUGCAAUUACAAUAUUCUAGAGCAUUUGGUGGGAAAGAUUUGAAGAAAUAUGGAUUGAGUAGUAAUCCAGAUAUAACAAUAUUUGAGAGAAAUGAUACACAUAAAUGUUUAUUACUUGCUUCUGAUGGUUUAUGGGAUAUCAUGUCAUCUGAUGAAGCUUUCAAAAUCUUAUUCCAAGCAUAUUUUCAACAUGAGAAUCCUACAAAAGUAUUAAUUGAAAAAGCAUUGGCAAAACAAAGAUCAAGAUCAAAAAAUGCAGAUAAUAUUACAGCAGUAGCAGUAUUCCUUAAUCAAAAUAACAUCACAUAUGAUCAAUAA